AUGGCGAGCAGCUCCUUCCUCAGGCUCCUCCCCCUCCUCUCCGUGGCGCUGGGGGCCCUCGCGCCCCUGGGAGCAGCCUAUCAGCUGCCCCUCUGCCAGCUGGUCAACCAGACGGUCUCCGUGGAGAAGAAGGGCUGUCCCGGGUGCCACCCGGUGGAGACCACCAUCUGCAGCGGCCACUGCAUCACCAUGGACCCGUCCAGGGUUCCCCCGCGGCUCAGCAAGGUGGUGCAGAAGGUGUGCACCUACCAGGAGCUGCAGUACCGGCCGCUGGAGCUGCCGGGCUGCGGGCCCGGGGUGGACCCCGUGGUCCACUACCCCGCCGCACUCAGCUGCUCCUGCUCCCGCUGCUCCAUGGAGACCUCCGACUGCACGGUGGAGAGCCUGCAGCCCGACUUCUGCACCAGCACCUCCCUCAACUACUACUGA